AUGGGUCCUCCCAAAGCCUUCGACUUCUCCGGCGAAGUAGCGAUCGUGAGUGGUGCCGGAUCUCGAAUGAAAGGUGAAAUCGGCAAUGGUCGAGCAGCAUCAAUUCUCCUUGCCAGACAAGGCGCCAAGCUGGCACUCGUUGACAGCAAUGUCGAGUGGGCGAAGGACACGAAGGAGAUGAUCGAUGCAGAAGGAGGAAUGUCCGAAGUAGUCCAAGCGGAUGUAACGAACGAGGAGUCUUGCAAGAACGCAGUCGCGAGGACUGUCGAGCUCUUUGGAGCUGUGCAUAUCCUCAUAAACGUUGUUGGUGUUGGAGGUGCGAUGGGCGAUGCUACGAAGGUAGAUCUCGAGGCGUGGGACAGAGACAUGAGGAUCAACGUCACCUCGAUGGUGCUCAUGAGUCGGCAUGCCAUUCCCGAGAUGCGGAAGGCUGGGAGGGGAGCCAUAGUGAACCUGUCGUCGGUCAGCGGGCUUUUGGGCGGCAAUCCCAGCUUGCUCUACCCAACCACCAAGGGUGCGAUAAUCCAAAUGACGAGAGCGAUGGCUGCGCAUCAUGGCAAAGAAAACAUCAGAGUCAACUGCGUGGCACCUGGAAUGGUCUUCACGCCAAUGGUGCGAUCGAGGGGUGUUGACGAGACCAUGCGCAAGGCUCGAGUCGGCCAGAAUCUCAUGGGCAAAGAAGGAACCGGAUGGGAUGUUGGCCACGCGAUCCUGUUCCUUUCGAGCAAAGAGGCACAAUGGAUCACAGGACUGAUUAUGCCGGUGGACGCUGGGACAACAGCUGGGAAAUCGGACCGCCCUGCGCUGAAAGAGGAUGUUCUGGCGGAAUCAAGCACCGGUAUUCCCAACAGCAAGCUGUAA